GAUUGGAAAAAUGGCGAGCGAGGUACGUUCCGAUAGCUAUUCCGCAUAGCGGGCGAGAGAACGGCGGCUUCCCCUCCCUUUGCCUGCACCUUCUGCCUAGGCUUUGCUUGCACUGCAUAACUGCUCGAGUCGAGGCAGCUUUUCCCGAGCCCACCACGUCUUGUUCCUCGCGGGGAAGAAGCUCAGACUCUGCCUCUGGCUCAAAGCUCAAAGCUCUCUCUCUGGCUCAGGCACUUCGACAAAGAGGAGUGCACGAGAGUGCCCACCCACACUAGCCACUUGCAUCGCAGCAAAUAGCAGCGAAGCUGGCCCCUACUAGAGGCUCCCCCUGCUCCAGGCCAGACCAGACAGACUCCAGCUCCGGGUAGCCCUGGCCACCCCUGCCCAGUCGCUUGCCUAGCCCCGCCAAAAAAAGCAGGCCGUUGCGGUUGACUCACUCCACACAUCAUCAACACCUGUCGUCUUUCACCCGACUACCCUACCCUUUGACUGCGUCUUUGCAGCACAAACUGGUCGCCCUUGUCCUCUCCCUGCCUCUUAUCGUCAACGAGCCAGACUCGAAUCGAAAAUCUCCACCCGUUCCCGUACUAAACAUCCGCCUGCAGGACCAGCCCCCCUCGCGAAGAGGAUCGCGUACUAAAUCCGUCGCAUUCACCGAAGAGAAACUCGUCGUCAGUGCCGACGGCAGCGUUGAAAUCAUGGCUACUCCAAACGAGGAGAAGGACACCGCCUUGUCUCACAGUCCGUCUACCGAGCCACUAUCAGAAGCCCUCGCGUCGACUAAUCCCUCCGCAGCUACCGCCCCCGCCGAGACCGAGACCCCUCCCCCCGAGGCUGGUGACGAUGGUCUUGACCUCGGUCUGAUGAAGAAGAAGAAGAAGAAGGUCAAGAUCGCCGACGACGCAGAGCCCGCUGCAGAUGACGCUGCUGGUGAAGGCGAGGCCGCGCUUGACCUGGGAAUCAAGAAGAAGAAGAAGAAGAAGGCGGCCCCCAAGGAUGGCGAUGACGACUUCGCGGCCAAGCUUGCUGCCCUGGACCUCGACAAGGAGAGUGGCGAGGCUGCCGGCGAAGAGCAAGCCCAGGAGGGUGACAUGAAGCAAGGAACCGGUAUCUGGACCCACGAUGAGACAGCGCCGAUCAAAUACGACCUCCUCCUGAGCCGAUUCUUCAGCCUUCUCUCCGAGAAGAACCCCGACCACGCCACCGGAGCUGCCAAGAGCUACAAGAUCCCACCGCCCCAGUGCAUGCGUGAAGGCAACAAGAAGACCAUCUUCGCCAACCUUCCAGAGAUCUGCAAGCGCAUGAAGCGGUCCGAGGAGCACGUCACCACAUUCCUGUUCGCCGAACUGGGCACGAGCGGCUCUACCGCUGGUACCGGAGGUCUGGUCAUCAAGGGUCGUUUCCAGGCGAAGCAGCUGGAGAACGUGCUGCGGAAGUACAUCAUCGAGUACGUGUCGUGCAAGACGUGCCGGUCGCCCGACACGGAGCUGAGCAAGGGAGAGAACCGUCUGUCAUUCGUCACCUGCAACUCGUGUGGAUCCAGGCGGUCCGUUGCUGCCAUCAAGACUGGUUUCUCUGCCCAGAUCGGCAAGAGAAGGAAGAUGCGGGCGUAGUUUGGUCAUUUGCUCGCUGGCUGUACACUUUUCUCAGAUGCUACAUAGAGGCCAUGAAGUAAUGCCGACAAAAUUUUACGUCUCUUUGAA